GCCUGUGCGUCAGGCACAUUCUAGUCUUUCGCAAUUGAAGGAUGGUUUUGAACUGCUAGUUUUGUUGAGGUGUUUGUUGAUGGCCAUGGCGAUUUGGAUCAGUGCUUCUUUCCAUCAUGCCGGUGCUGGUGGACAGGCUUCAGCUUCAGAGAGUGUGAGCGCCACUGAACUGCGGGGAUGAACAUGCCAUUGCACCAAAUCUCUGUCAUCCCUCGUGAUGUCACUUCCUCCCGGGUGUCCAGCAGCGGGAAGGCAAAGGAAAAGGACAAACAGAAUGAGAAACCGCUUGGUCAUUCUGCAAGCAGGUCCAGCAACAUUUCAAAGGCUGGAAGUCCGACAUCUGUGAAUGCACCUUGCAGCUUUCCCAGGACUUCAGUGACACCCUCGAACCAGGAUAUAUGCAGUUCUAAUGACCUCGCUCGGGACCAGAAGUCUUUACAGGCCACUGUAGUGCUGUUGAACUCUAAUGGUAAAAGCUCAGCAUCUCAGGGUGUCACCAUGACCACGCUCUGCCUGGACUCCCCCAACAAACCCAAAAAUAGGACCUUGUUUGGCACAGAAUGGCUCUCCCUACUCAAACCAUCAGUCAACUUGAAACCAGAAGGAGGCAGUCUCAAGUUCUCAAAGUCUCUAAAUGACGUGGGACAAAAGAUGGACAGCCUAUGCAACGGUCUUCACUUUAUAGACCGCACGUGUUCGGAUGGGGAGCUGGGAGCGGAGAAGGAACAACUCGUGCAAGACGGCCACAUCAAAGCCCUCAAUGGUCAAGCCAACUCUCCUCCUCCGUUUGCUUCUCAGCCUCCAUCCUUCCUCAACAACUAUAAAUACAUCUCCAACCCAGGGCCUGAGCACUGCCUGGCUCCCCCUGUUCCUCCCCAUUCAGACCUUCAAAGAAGCUCCAACUUCCUGCGGUUCAUCAUCCCGUUCACCCGCUCGUCCACCGCAGGAAGCCUGCAGGCAUCUGAGAUGGGAAGCUACGCUUCAAGGCUGCACAUCGGCAAGUCAUCCAGCGCCAUGCUGAACGUCAGCGAGUCCUGCUGUAUGGAAGAGAUGGGAGACGACGAGGUGUUCGAGGAGAACUCGUCCCGCUGGAAGCUGAAGACUGAGGGCUUGCGGGCUCCUCUUUGCUCCCUUGAGGAGGACAGCGACCUGGAUCAAUGCUGCUCUCCGCUGUCUGAGAAAAAUGGGCCAUUGUCGCCCUACUCCCUCUCGGGGGACUGCUGCAGGAUUUGUCACUGUGAGGGGGAUGAUGAGAGUCCGCUGAUAACACCCUGUCACUGCACUGGGAGUUUGCGGUUUGUCCAUCAGGCCUGCCUGCAACAGUGGAUCAAGAGCUCAGACACACGCUGCUGCGAGCUCUGCAAGUACAACUUCAUCAUGGAGACCAAGCUCAAACCACUCCGUAAGUGGGAGAAGCUUCAGAUGACCGCCAGUGAGAGGAGGAAGAUCAUGUGCUCAGUCACUUUUCACGUCAUCGCCAUCACAUGCGUCGUCUGGUCGCUCUACGUCCUCAUUGACCGCACAGCAGAGGAGAUCAAACAAGCGGGGAGAAUACCAGGUGGACUAAAGCUGCACCCCGGCCUGACUUACGGAGCCUCCGAAAGCAGUACAGUAUUCCAUGUCCAAGACCUUGUGCUUGAACAGACCGUAGCAUUUAGAGACUUAGCACAUGGCAAUUCCCUCACACUUGAUUCUUUGCUGACAUUUCGAAAGCCCUGUUCCAAAUAGGAAAGCAACUGUAAACAACUCAAAGGUUGACUGAAUUUAAUACCAAUAAAGACGGACAGAGACACACCUGAAAUUUCUUUGCUCCUGGUCUCGCUUUCUCAGCCAUUUCUAAUGAUUUUAGUCAAAUGGUCAAGGGUGAAAAUGCUGUAUAUGCAUUCUGAAGCAUAGCCCUGUGUCCAUUGCUGGCUCUUUAGAAGCUUGGGUGGGAUAUCAGGACUCCAGUCGCCUGUCUUUGCAUCCCCGCUCCUGUGUUUGCCCCGGUGUUGUGCUUGAUGUAGGUUUUAGAUCUUGUGUUGUAUUCCAGAAGCACUUCGUAUACAUAUAGAUUUUAUGGAAUAUUGUUGCAGGGCAAUGUAUUACUGCAGUCUUGCUUUAGGAUUACUGCAUAUGGGUCAAUGACAUGAGGCUCUUCUUUUGGUCCGGGUCCAUUAAUGUAUUUACCGUAAUAAUAAACUGCAAUUAAUAUAUUCAAACACCUGUAUAGUAUAUACCUCUUCUACGAUGGAACCGUCCUAAAAAAUGAGGACAAUCCUUAAUAAAGCAAUUGUCUUGAAAAGAAAACCUUAAGUGGUUUGUCUGUAGUUUUAAGUAGUUUCUUAGGGGGCAAGAGUCAACAAAAUGACUUUGCAGCUUAUUACUUUUUGAAGAACUACCAAAUCAAAGUUGUGUAAUGUGAUCCAACAAACACAACAUGUGCUGUAACCAACAUGCUGGGGGAAAAAAAAAAG